AUGAUCGACUUCCGCGCGGCAGACUUGGCUGUCCACACGGGAUCGGUCCCGGCCUCCAAAGCUGGAGCUUUUGCGACCACGUUCGAACUCACCGACGACCAAACUGCCACCCCAACUGCCGCCGCUCGUCACCGGCUCAGGGGCUCAAGCGUGUCUCUUCAUUCCACCGAAUCGAUUUCCUCUCCUCGGGGCAGAAAGAUGGCGACCGGAUAUGCGGUCAGCCCCGAACCGCCCGCGCUGUUUGUGCGGGCCAUGUAUGACUAUGAUGCCGAUGACCAUACCAGCUUGAGCUUUCGCCGUGGAGAUAUCAUUCAGGUCCUCAAUCAACUCGAGACCGGCUGGUGGGAUGGCGUGAUCGACAACACUCGCGGGUGGUUCCCCAGCAAUUAUUGUACCAUCAUCACCGAGGCCGACGAGUUCGGCGAGCAAAUGGCGCACGGCCAGCACGAGACGGAAUUAAGCGCAGAAUCCGGUGUUGAAGACGAUGGCACCAACGGCCGGGCGGGGGAUGAAGAGCUGGACUCUGAUGCUCAUCCCUAUGAAUCGCAAUCCGACCUCCCUGGCGAAGGCGGCGCUGGGGCCGUAAACGAGCAGGAAGAAGCGGCAUUCUGGAUCCCGCAGGCGACCCCGGAUGGGCGCCUGUUCUACUUCAACACUCUAACAGGGUACUCCACCAUGGAGUUGCCCUUUGAGAACCCCGCCGCCAACGAGACCGGCCCUCGAGACCGGACGAAUUUCUUUGUCCCCGAUCAGACCCGCCCGCCGCCAGAGCUGAUGGCGCGCGGAUUUGAGCGGGACGAGGAUGAUUACGAUGGCUCCGCAUCGGAAGCGGAAGGCGAGUCGUUGAUGCUUGCUUCCCAGGAUUCAAUGUCCCGUCGUCGACAGUCAUUCAUGGAUGGCGUAUCGCCCGCCACGUCCAUGGACUCACUUCACACGCCAGCCUCGAAGGAAUUCACACAGCACUCCUCCUUGCGAAGCCACGGCACUUUCAGUAGUGGUACAACGACCAGCGCCAACACGUCCAUCACUGAGAGCUUUGCAAGACCAUCCAUUUCCUCUGGCACACCUCGGCACUUUGUCGAUGACGGCUUGUCACCUCCGGUAACAUGGCCCCUUCUGGUUGACAACAUGCGGCAUGCGGUAGAAGCCUACCGACAGGCGCUGUUCGCGCGUGACCGAUCUGAAUAUGUCCGACGAGCUGAAGAUAUCUCCGACCAUCUGCGCAUGCUGCUGGCGGCGGGUUCGGACACCACCGACAAUCACUCAGGAAACCCAUCCAUCAUUUCGACGAACAAGGCGCUGUACCCCUACUUCCGUGAUAUGAUGUCCAAGUUUUCUAAACUGGUUCUCUCCUCACACAUCGCUGCUGCAGAUUGGCCGGGCCCUGACUCGGUCAACAAGUGCCUCCAGGAAGCGGAUGGCGUCAUGCAGGGAGUUUAUGGCUAUGUGGAUGUCGCACGACAGCAGCGAGGUGAAAGCAUCAGCCGUAUCGUUCCUGGAUUUGUCAGUGGCAGUAGCCGUGGUGGCAGUUGGCAAAACAACGGCGUUGCUCUCGAUUCGUCCGGGCCAACAUCAUUCCUGGUCCCCGAUCAUAACGAUUCACGACCCGAGUCUUCAGUUUCUCUGGAUCCGGCACUAUUGGACCACAUUGAUGUUCAGCGACGGUCAUUCGUCGGGAGCAUCCGUCGAUUGGAAGAAAAGCUGGGCCUUGACAAAAAGAUUGUGACACCUGCCGAACAUAGCCAGCUCGCGGACGCCAUUUCAGCGGCGGCGAUCAAGGUCACUGAGCAAUUCCGGCCAUGGAUCUCCACCAUUGAAUCGAUUAACCUCGUCCCAUUGGGAACCAGCUUCCAGAAUCCACAGCUUGUUGACUUCAGUCUGCAGAAGCAGCGAGUCUAUGAUGGAAUUGGUGACUUUAUACUUAGCUGUCAAGCAGUCUCCGCUCCUCUAUCCGAUGAAUGGGCGGAGUUGCGUGGCGACUCUCUUGAUGACCGACUCACAGCGGUGCGGAUGGUAGCCAAGCAACUGGAGAACUUCGUCUCCCAGAUCGGAUUCUCACUGUCUCUGCUCUUAGAGCAGAUACCGGACGACCAGUCAGACGCACUGCGUAGCGAAAGCCGUCUGGAUGAAGAGGAUGAAUCGCUCAACCGGGGCGCUCAUGCUCGCAGUGAGUCUCAAGCGAAGGUUGCAAACGAGUCGAUUGGAAUCCCCUCAUCGUAUGCCUUGGGUGGUGACAAGGUACGUCGCAACAUGGACAAGGCUCAGCGAUUCUUCGGACAGGCCCCUCCUUCCUCCGUGACGCGGGAGCCAGCCGUUCGGGAGCCCGUUCGGGAACCGGAAGAAACACCCUGGUUCCUCAAGAUGGAUCACGAAGGCGAAGUGUUCUAUGAUACCAAGGCCGAUGUUCCGCUGCUCAAGUGCGGAACAUUGGCGGGUUUGGUGGAGCAUCUCACUCGCCACGACAAGCUGGAUGCAUCCUUCAACAACACCUUCCUUCUCACCUAUCGCUCCUUUACCACUGCCGCAGAACUCUUUGAAAUGCUGGUGCAACGCUUCAACAUUCAGCCUCCAUUUGGUCUCAACUCAGAUGAUAUGCAAAUGUGGAUUGACCGCAAGCAGAAGCCCAUUCGCUUCCGAGUAGUCAACAUUUUGAAAAGCUGGUUCGACCAUUUCUGGAUGGAGUCGAAUGACGAGACGAAUAUGGAUCUCCUACGUCGUGUCCACGCCUUUACAAGGGACUCCAUUGCCACCACAAAGACACCUGGAGCACCCACCCUCCUUGCGGUCAUUGAGCAAAGGCUUCGGGGACAGGACAAUUCUGUGAAACGUCUGGUUCCCACUCAGAAUACAGCUGCACCCACGCCAAUCAUACCAAAGAACAUGAAAAAGUUGAAGUUCUUGGACAUUGAUCCCAUCGAAUUUGCUCGCCAACUGACCAUCAUCGAGUCCCGACUGUACUCCAAGAUCCGGCCCACGGAGUGCUUGAACAAAACCUGGCAGAAAAAGGUCGGACCGGACGAGCCAGAGCCGGCCACGAACGUCAAGGCCCUGAUUCUCCAUUCCAAUCAACUGACAAAUUGGGUUGCGGAGAUGAUCCUCACCCAGAGCGACGUCAAGAAGCGCGUCGUUGUGAUCAAGCACUUUGUCAAUGUUGCCGAUAAAUGUCGGGCACUAAACAACUAUUCCACACUCACUUCCAUCAUCUCCGCCUUAGGAACUGCUCCAAUCCAUCGUUUAGGUCGAACCUGGGGACAAGUCAGUGGGCGCACAUCGACCGUUUUGGAGCAGAUGCGGCGCCUCAUGGCCAGUACGAAGAACUUUGGCGAAUACCGCGAAACUUUACAUCUUGCCAAUCCGCCUUGUAUUCCAUUUUUCGGUGUCUACCUCACGGAUUUGACUUUCAUCGAGGAUGGCAUUCCCUCACUCACGCCAUCUGAAUUGAUUAACUUCAAUAAGCGAGCAAAGACCGCUGAGGUCAUCCGAGACAUUCAGCAGUAUCAAAACGUUCCUUAUCUCCUUCAACCUGUCCCUGAGCUGCAGGACUACAUUCUCAGCAACUUGCAGGCAGCAGGUGAUGUCCACGACAUGUACGACCGAAGUCUUGAGAUUGAGCCUAGAGAACGUGAGGACGAAAAGAUUGCAAGGUAUGCCGAACAAGCGCUCCGGGAUAAGAACUCGUUGCUCUUCGCAAGCACAGUCGCUGUAUUGCGUUGA